AUGGCUUCCUUAUCAACCUCUUCCUUGGCCUCCUCCCCCUUAGAUUCAUCCUCCGCUUUCUCCCCAGUGCCCUCAACUCCUCCGCCUCCCAUUUUCGCCUCUCCCCCCACCUCUCCCUCCAUCUCUCCCUCCGUUCCCCCUGCCCCUUCCUCGCUGCACCUGCCUUCCUACUGCUCCUCCUGCUGUUCCACCCCUUGUUGCUCCCUGUGCUGCCCUCUCGCCUCAGUGUCCAUGCACUUCAUCGUCCCCCGUCAUAUUCAACUCCCCCGCUCUAUCUUUCCCCACCUCCUGCCCCUCUUGCCCUUCUUGUCCCUCUUCCCUCACUCACUCCAGCACAUAUCUCUUCCGCUUCUCGGCCCUCCUCCCUCCACACCUCCGCUCUCUCCCCCACUCGGGUCAGAGCACACCAAAUCAUCCACAUGCACACAUUAA